AUUCCGGCAACUGGGGGCCAAGACAACCAAAACAGAGAUGAAAGAAAAGCAUGACAGGCACUAACUCAAAAUAUCAUCAAUUGUCCUUGUACGAGGCUCACCUCUGACACUGCCCCCAACCUCAGCGCUUCUGCCUGCCUCCCAUUCGACCAGAAGGCUGAGGCUUUUUUUGCCCGUGUUUGCAAGAUAUUUCAACGUCAACGGUUCCCCGGUUUUCCAUCUGCUUGUCAUCUUCUCUCCGCACUUACCAAUUCCUCAAAUUAAACGCUGCACACAAUUCGGGUAGACUUCCCGAGGUCCGCUCCGCAGUUCUCCGAGCGAUCAGCUCGCCCUACAAAAAUGCCUUUGCGAGAGAUACUUCAUAAGAAGGACAGAAUCAAUGAUACCAGUGGCCAAUAUGCAGCGGGUGUCCCCUCCGCGUUUCUGAGCCCGGUUCCUCAAAUCAUUCGAUCCGAUACCACCUCCCAGGAAGUCGUCGCCCCACCCAUCUACGAAGGUGAUGAUGUCUAUCACCAACAGAACAGACAUCUCGAAGUGUCACCGCCUAGCUCUUCCUCGCGCCGUCGGUCACUGAAUCCAUUUAGUCGCUCGAGAGCGCCAUCUGAAUCCCUAGGAUCUCCACCGUCUCAACCGCGCGAAAGAAGGCUGUCGCAAUUGCUUCAUCGCGAUCGGGGCAGCUCGCGGAAUUCCACCGCUACCUCGACCAAUAUCCCGUCUGAUCUUCCGCAGAUAAACAAUGAGAAAGGUGAUGAGCAGGAGAGAGAGGCUCAGUGGGAGAAAAGAGCAACGGUCUUGGUGCAGCGCAAUCCGAAUCUUGGAUCUCCGUUAUCGCCUUCUUCGCCGCGCUUCGGGAGACAUAGUAUAGAAUCACGGUCAAGGAGCUCUAGUCGGAGCGGUUUCAGUGAUCCUCAAGGAGAUGUUAACAUCCAAGAAGCGAUUCGGCUCCAUGAAGCUGGAGAAUUGGAGAAGUCAACGGAAAUGUUUCGUCGGUUGGCAGAUCCCAACGGUACAAAUAACGCACUGAGCCAAGUACUUUACGGCCUCGCACUAAGACAUGGUUGGGGAUGUCCCAAAUCGGAAGAACAGGCAGUGACCUAUCUCUCAGCUGCAGCAUCAAACUCGGCAUUGAUUGAGUCCCAGGCUCUCCAAGCAGGCAUGAAAAAGGGUGGUGCAGCCAAAGGGGAAUUGGUCCUUGCUAUCUUCGAGUUGGGUAACUGCUUCCGCAACGGCUGGGGAGUCAAGAAAGACCCUGCCGCAGCGCGCCAGUACUUCGAAACGGCCGCAAAUCUCGGUGACACUGACGCUAUGAACGAGGUCGCGUGGUGUUACCUAGAGGGUUUUGGCGGAAAAAAAGAUAAGUUCUCGGCUGCUAAAUAUUACCGAUUGGCCGAACAGAAAGGCAGCAAAUUAGUUGGGAAUUCUUGGUACGUUAGGCCAAUCCUUAGAAUAUUUUUUAUUUUUGGAUCUUGGGCGUUUCCCCUGCAAACCUCGUUAAGAUUGUGGUGAAGUGCCGCCUGUAUGGAUUCGCGCUUCGCUAUCACCUGCAGCUAUCAUGUCAGGGAUCAGCGGCAGCGCUUCAAUCGAUAGGCUCUCGUCGCAUCUUUACAACUGCGCCAUGCAAACCGCUCUCACGCCUACAACCAACCACAAUGCUCACCCAUACCGACCUAUGAAUUGUCCGAAUUUUAGGCUGACAUGCUCGUUACUCGAAUUACAGGAUAUGGAAAGAGAAAUACGACCCAAAGUGAACCGAAUGCUCCCGGUACCUUACAGCCUCGUUCCACCGAGAAACCCCGUUUAUGGGCCCGUCUCUUUGUUCAUCAGAUGACUCUCGACUACAUCAUUGGAGAUAGAGUUAUUUCUCAGCUACUGAGAUCAGCCAGCCAGACGUCUUCGCUCAUAGGAUGAGGGGGGAAUAUCAUCGCCCUAAUAAUGGGGGUGGCCCGUAAGGGAGGCACACUACACACCUACCUUUCACUUCAUUACCAUCUACGAUCCAUACUGGGUGCCACAAGCGGAAGGCGCCAGUAUGAUCUGACCUUUAACCAAGUGACUUGCAACGAUGUUGAUGACCCAAUGCCA